AUGCCUGGGCGCGUGAAGAAACGAUCCCCUCUCAAGGCACCGGAGCGACCAUACAUAGCCCUCGGGCUCGAGGGCUCCGCUAAUAAACUCGGUGCUGGGAUCAUCAAGCAUUGCCCCGAUAACUCCACCCAUGUGCUGUCCAAUGUCCGGCACACGUACAUAACUCCUCCCGGAGAAGGUUUCUUGCCACGAGACACUGCCCAGCACCAUCGAGAAUGGGCGUUGACUGUGAUCAACGACGCGCUGAAAAAGGCCCAGGUCUCAAUGCACGAUAUUGAUUGCAUUUGCUUCACAAAAGGUCCGGGAAUGGGAGCACCGCUUGUAUCAGUCGCCCUCGUUGCCCGAACCCUGUCGCUGCUGUACCGCAAGCCCCUGGUCGGCGUAAACCACUGCGUAGGCCACAUUGAGAUGGGCCGUCAGGUCACCGGUGCCCAAAACCCUGUCGUCCUCUACGUAUCCGGCGGGAACACCCAGGUGAUCGCCUACUCUCAGCAGUGCUAUCGCAUCUUCGGGGAGACCCUCGACAUCGCAGUUGGCAACUGCCUCGACCGCUUCGCCCGCGUGAUUAAUCUCAGCAACGACCCCAGCCCCGGGCACAAUAUCGAACAGGAAGCGAAGAAAGGCAAGCGUCUCCUGCCGCUGCCAUACGCCACGAAAGGCAUGGAUGUUAGCCUCUCGGGGAUCCUCACCUCGACCGAAGCGUACACCCUAGACAAGCGCUUCCGCCCACAGGGCCCCUCGGCGGAAGACGGCGAGGAUGUGAUCACCCCGCAGGACCUCUGCUUCUCGCUGCAGGAGACCGUGUUUGCGAUGCUCGUCGAGAUCACCGAGCGCGCGAUGGCGCACAUCGGGAGCAAGGAGGUGCUCAUGGUCGGGGGUGUCGGCUGUAAUGAGCGGCUGCAGGAGAUGAUGGGCGUCAUGGCGCGCGAGCGCGGGGGAAACGUCUUUGCCACGGACGAUCGGUUCUGCAUCGACAACGGGCUCAUGAUCGCGCAGGCUGGCCUCCUAAGCUUCCGCAUGGGCUUCGAAACGCCGCUAGCAAAGAGCACUUGCACGCAAAGAUUUAGGACUGAUCAGGUGCACGUCGCAUGGCGAGCGUAG